AUAAUAUUUUCCUAGGUUUACUGAUGUCAGUAUUGUAUAUUGUGCAUUUAAGAGUGAGCAUACACUCAAAUAUACCUUACACCUUUCUUCAAUUGAAAGUAGUAUUGGCCCUGCUUUUUUUUGUUCCGUGCAGAGAAAGUUUGACCUCAUCUCAGGCAUCAGUACUUGACAGUACAUAUUAUAAUACCAAAGUAGCAAAUGAUACUACAGCGCCCUUACUUAUUACAACCAAUAUCAAUAACAAUAGUAAAGCAACACAAACUACAAUGUUUGUACGCACCACUGAAUCAACAACAGUAGGGAUAACUGACCUUUCCACUGAAGCAUCAAAUAUUGACACUACUAGCCUUGCUACUCAAGAAUCAACAUUGGAGACAACUGUCCUUCCCACUGAACCAUUAACAGUCGAAACAACUGUCAUUACCACUGAACCAUUAACAAUGGAGACUACUAUCCUUACUACUGAACCAACGACAAUCCCGACAAUUGCUCUAAACACUGAACAAUCAACAGUAGAGACUACUGUUAUUACCACUGAACUAACAACAGUGGAGACCUCUGUCCUUGCCAGCGAACCAUCAACAGUGGAGAAUACUGAACUAACCUCUGAACCAUCGACAGAGGAGACAACUGUUCUAUCCACUGAACCAUUGACAGAGGAGACUUCUGUUCUAACCACUGAACCAACAACAGUGGAGACUUCUGUCCUUGCCACCGAACCAUCAACAGUGGAGAAUACUGAACUAACCUCUGAACCAUCGACAGAGGAGACAACUGUUCUAUCCACUGAACCAUUGACAGAGGAGACUUCUGUUCUAACCACUGAACCAACAACAGUGGAGACUUCUGUCCUUGCCACCGAACCAUCAACAGUGGAGAAUACUGAACUAACCUCUGAACCAUCGACAGAGGAGACAACUGUUCUAUCCACUGAACCAUUGACAGAGGAGACUUCUGUUCUAACCACUGAACUAACAACAGUGGAGACUUCUGUCCUUGCCACCGAACCAUCAACAGUGGAGAAUACUGAACUAACCUCUGAACCAUCGACAGAGGAGACAACUGUUCUAUCCACUGAACCAUUGGCAGAGGAGACUUCUGUUCUUUCCACUGAACCAACAACAGUGGAGACUCCUAUCUUUACCACUGAACAAUCAAAAGUGGAGACGUCUGUACUAACCACUGAACCAUUGACAGUGGGGGCAACUGUCUUUACCACUGAACAAUCAACAGUCGGGACAACUUCUGUUACCGAACCAUCAACGAUGGCGACUUCUGCUCUUACCACUGAACCAUCAACAGUGCAGACUACUGCUCUUGUCACUGAACCUUCAACAGUGGAGAUAGCUGUCUAUACCACUGGACCAUCAACAGUGGAGACAAAUGUCCUCACCACUGAACCAACAACAAAAGAGACAACAAUCUUUACCACUGAACCCUCGACAAUGGAAACAACUGCUAUAACCACUGAACCAUCAUUAGUGGAAACUACUGCCCUAGCCACUGAACCAUCAACAGUUGAGACAAAUAUUCUUACCACUGAAACAACAACAGAAGAGACUUCUGCCAUUACCACUAAACCUUCAACAAUGGAAACAACUGCUGUUACCACUGAAGCAUCAACCCUCGAUACCUUUGUCCUCAUCACUAAACCAUCAACAGUCGAGACAAAUGCUCCUUCCACUGGCCAAUUAACAGUACAGACAACUGUCCUUAACAUUGAACCUACAGAAGAGACUACCACUGAAACAUCCACAGUCCAGACAACUUCUCUAACCACUACAUCAGCAACUGUGGAGACUACCGACCUUACAAGUGAACCAUCAACAAUGGAGACUAAUGAUCUUACCACUGACAUAUCAACAGUGGAGACAACUUUCUUUACCACUGAACCAUCAACAGUCAACAUAACUCUCCUUACCACUGAAACAUCAACAGUGGAGACAUUUGGCCUAACUACUGAACCAUCAACAGUGGAGACAAUUGUCCUUAGCAAUAAACCAUCAACAGUCGAGACAACUGAUCUAACCAUUGAACCUUCAACAUUGGAGACUAUUGCUCUUACCACUAAACCAUCAACAAUGGAGGAAACUGUAUUAACCACUAAACCAUCAGCAGGUGAGACAACUGUCCUUACCACUAAACAACUAACAGUCGAGACAACUGUCCUUACCACUGAACCAUCAGCAGACGAGACAACUUCUCUAGUCACUGAACCAUCAACAGUUUGGAUUACUGAUCUUACCAGUGAAGCAUCGACAGUGGAUACAAUUAUCAUUACCUCUGAACAAUCAACAGUAGAGACAACUAUCCUUACCACUGAACCAUCAACAAUGGAGACUACUGUCUUUGCCACUCAUUCAUCAACAGUCGAGACAAUUGCUCUUACCACUGAACCUUCAACAGUGGAAACUACUCUCCUUACAACUGAACAAUCAACAGUUGAGUCAACUCUCCCUACCACUGAACCAUCACCAGUGGAGACAAUUUUUGUAAGUUCCACUGAACCAACAACUGCAGAGACAAUUUUUCUCACAACUGAACCAACAAUUGAUAUUACUGUUCUUACCACUGAACGAUCACCAGUGGAGAAAACUUCUCUUAGCAAUGAAAUAUUAACAUUUGAGACUACUGCCCAUACUGUUGAACCAUCAACAGUGGUGACAACUGUCCUUACCAGUAAACGAUCAACAGUGGAGACCACUGCUUCUACCACUGAACCAUCAACAGUAGAGACAACUGUUCGUACCACUGAACCAUCUUCAGUGGAGACUACUGCUCCAACCACUGAACGAUCUUCAUUCAAGAGAGCUUCUCUAACCACUGAGCCAGCAAUAUUGGAGACUACUUUCCUUACUAGUGAACCAUCCACAUUUGAGACUACUUUCCUUACCACUAAACCAUUGAGAGUUGAGACUUAUGCUCUUACCACUGAACCAGCAAAAGUAGAGACAACUGUCAUAACCACUGAACAAUCAACAGUGACUGCAACUGCCCUUACUACUGAAUCACCAGAAGCCGGGACAACUUCCCUUGCCACUAAACCAUGGACAGUAGAGUAUACAGCUCUUUCAAAUGAACCAUCAACAGUUAACACUACUGUUCUUUCCACUGAACCACUAACAGUGGAGACUUCUGCUCUUACCACUGAACCAUCACCAGUGGGGACAACUGUCCUUGCCAAUGAACCAUCAACAGAGGAGACAACUGCUCUAAUCACUGAACAAUCAACAGUGAAGUCUACUUUACUUACCAGUCAACCAUCAACAGUGGAGACUAUUGAUCUUACAACUAAACGAUCAAUUGUCAAGACAACUGACCUUCCCAAUGAACCGUCAGCUUCAAGAACUACCGCUCUUACCACCGAACAAUCAACAGUGGGGACAACUGCCAUUACCACUGAGACAUCAACAGUUGAGACAACUGGCAUUAACCUUGAAUCAUCUACAGUCGAGACUACUGUCUUUACCACUGGACCAUCUACAGUCGAGACUAUUGCCUUUACCGCCGAACCAUCAUCAGUGGAGACUACUGCUACUACCAAUGAAACAUCAAUAGUGGAGACAACUGGCCUUACGACCGAACCAUCUACAUUCGGGACUAAUGCUCUUACCACUGAACAAUCAACAGUGGAAACGACUGCUCUCACCACUAAACGACCAACAGUGGUGACAGCUGUCCCUACCUCUGAACCAUCAACAAUAGAGUCAACUGCUAUAACCACUGAACCAUCACCAGUAAAGACAGCUGUCCUUACCACUGAACUAUCAACAGUUGAGACUAAUGCUCUUAACACUGAACCAUCAACAGUGGCGACAGCUGUCCUUACCACUGAACUAUCAACAGUUGAGACUACUGCUCUUAACACUGAACCAUCAACAGUGGCGACAGCUGUCCUUACCACUGAACUAUCAACAGUUGAGACUACUGCUCUUAACACUGAACCAUCAACAGUGGAAACGACUGCUUUCACCACUGAACGAUCAACAGUGGCGACAGCUGUCCUUACCACUAAACUAUCAACAGUUGAGACUACUGCUCUUAGCACUGAACCAUCAACAGUGGAAACGACUGCUUUCACCACUGAACGAGCAACAGUGGCGACAGCUGUCCUUACCACUGAACUAUCAACAGUUGAGACUAAUGCUCUUAACACUGAACGAUCAACAGUGGUGACAGCUGUCCUUACCACUGAACUAUCAACAGUUGAGACUACUGCUCUUACCACUGAAUCAUCAACAGUUGAGACUACUGCUCUUACCACUGAAUCAUCAACAGUUGAGACUACUGCAUUUAGCACUGAACCAUCAACAGUGGAAACGACUGCUUUCACCACUGAACGAUCAACAGUUGUGACAGCUGUCCCUACCACUGAACCAUCAACAGUAAAGUCAACUGCUAUAACCACUGAACCAUCAACAGUAGGGUCAACUGCUGUAACCACUGAACUAUCAACAGUUGAGACUAAUGCUCUUAACACUGAACCAUCAACAUUGGCGACAGCCGUCCUUACCACUGAACUAUCAACAAUUGAGGCUACUGCCCUUAGCACUGAACCAUCAAAAGUGGGGAGAAAUGCCCUUACCACUGAACAAUCGUCACCUCAUACACGUGUCAAUGAGCCAUCAACAGUGGGAACAACUGUCAUAAACUAUGAACAAUCAACAGUGGGGACUACUGUCCUUACCACUGAACCAGCAACAUUGGAGACAACUACCCUUACCAGUAAACUAGCAACAGUGGAAACUACUGUCCUUACAACUGGACCAUCGACAGUGGAGACUACUGUCCUUACAACUGAGCCAGCAACAGUUGGGAUAACUGUUCUUACCAAUGAAAAAUCAUCAGUGGAUGCGAUUGUUAGUUCUACUGAACCAACAACCGUGGAGAGAAUUUUUCUUACAACUGAACCAACAAUGGGGAUUACUGUCCUAAAUACUGAAUCAUCGUCAGUGGAGACAACUUCUUUUACAAAUGAACUAUCAGAAGUUGAGACUAAUGUCCUAACUAUUGAGCCAUCAACAGUCAAACUUACUGCUUUUACCAAUGAACCACCAACAGUAGAGACAAAUAUCCUAACCACUGGUCCAUCAACAGCCGACACGGCUGCUCUUACCAGUGAACUAUCAACAGUGGAGAAUACUGCUUCUACCACAGACCUACAUACAGUAGAUACAACUGUCCUUACCACUGAGCCAUCUUCAGUAAAAACUACUGAUCUUACCACUGAAUGUUUUUCAACCAAGACAACGACUCAACAACUAGCCACUGAGCCAUCACCAUUAGAGACUAAUUUCCUUACCACUGAACAAUCUACAGUGCAAACUACUGGUCUUACCAGUGGACCAGCAACAGUAUGGACAACUGUUAUAACCACUGAAGAAUCAAUAGUUGAUACAACUUUCCUUACCACUGAAUCAUCAACAGUCGAGAAUACAACUCUUUCCACUGAACCAUUAACACUGGGGACUGCUGAUCUUACCACUGAACAGUCAACUGUCGAGACAACUGACCCUCCCAAUGAACCAUCAACUUUCAAGACUACCGCUCUCAUUACUGAACAAUCAACAGAAGAGACAACUGUCCUCUCUGCUGAAUCAUCUACAGUCAAGUCUUUUGUCCGUACUACUGAACCAUCUGCAGUCGAGACUACUGAUCCUACCACUGAACCAUUAGAAGUCGAGAUAGCUCUCCUUACCACUGAACCAACACCAUUGGAGACUACUGAUCUUACCAUUGACUCAUUUACAGUAGGCACUUUUGUCCCUACCGAUGAACCAUCAAGAGUCGAAAAAACUGCUCUAACCACUGAACAAUCAACAGUGGAGACUAAUGAUUUAACCAUCGGACCAUCAACAGUGAAGCCUACUGCUCUUAGCACUGGACCAUCAACAGUUGAGACAACUGCCCUUACCAGUGAGUCAGCAGAAGUCGAGACAACUGACAUAAACACUGAACGAUCUACUGUCGAGACUACUUCCCUUACCAUUGAACCAUCUACAGUCGAGACUACUGCUUUUAGCACUGUACCAUCAACAGUCGAGACAACUGUCAUUACCACCGAACCAUCAAGAGUUGAGACUUCUGCUCCUACCACUGAAACAUCAACCGUGGAGACAACUGUCCUUACCACUGAACAAUCAACUGUCGAGUCAACUGCUAUAACCACAGAACCAUCAACAGUGGAGACUACCGCUCUUACCACUGAACCAUCAACAGUGGAAACGACUGCUCUUGUCACUGAACGAUCAACGAUCGAGAUAACUGACUUUAACACUGAAACCUCUACAGCCGAGACUACCCCUUUUACCACUGAACCAUCAACAGUUGAGACAACAGUCCUUACGACUGAACCAUCUACAUUCGAGACUAGUGCUCUUACAACUGAACCAUCUACAAUCGAGACAACUGCUCUUAAAACGGAACCAUCUACAGUGGCGACUACUGCUAUCACCACUGAACAUUCAACAAAGGAGACAACUGUCCUUAACACUAAUCAACACCUACCAACAGUCGACACAACUAUCCUUACCACUGAACCAUCAACAAUGGGGACUACGACCGAACCAUCUACAUUCGGGACUAAUGCUCUUACCACUGAACAAUCAACAGUGGAAACUAAUGCUCUUAACACUGAACCAUCAACAGUGGCAACGACUGCUCUCACCACUAAACGACCAACAGUGGUGACAGCUGUCCCUACCACUGAACCAUCAACAGUAGAGUCAAUUGCUAUAACCACUGAACCAUCACCAGUGGAGACUUAUGCUCUUAACACUGAACCAUCAACAUUGGCGACAGCCGUCCUCACCACUGAACUAUCAACAAUUGAGACUACUGCUCUUAGAACUGAACCAUCAACAGUGGAAACGACUGCUCUCACCACUAAACGACCAACAGUGGUGACAGCUGUCCCUACCACUGAACCAUCAACAGUAGAGUCAAUUGCUAUAACCACUGAACCAUCAACAAUGGCGACAGCUGUCCUUACUACUGAAGUAUCAACAAUUGAGACUACUGCUCUUAGCACUGAACCAUCAACAGUGGGGAGAAAUGUCCUUACCACUGAACAAAUAACACUUGAUACAAGUGUCUCUGCCACUGAGCCAUCAACAGUGGAAAUAACUGUCAUAAACUAUGAACCAUCAACAGUGAAGUCUACUUUCCUUACCACUGAACCAUCAACAGGCGAAACAACUGCUCUUAAAAAAGUGGAGAAUACUGUUCUUACCACUGAACCAUCAACAAUUGAGACAACUAUACUUACCUCUGGACCAUCAACAGUCGGGACAACUUCUAUUACCACUGAACCAUCAACAAUAGAAACUACUGUCCUUACCACUGAACCAUCAACAGUAGAGACAACCGUCGAUACCACUGUUUCAUCAGUGGAGACUACUGCUCUAACCACUGACCCAUCAACAGUGGAGACUACUGCUCUUACCACUGAACAAUCAACAGUGGAUACUAAUGUUCUGACCACUGGACCAUUGGAAGUGGAGACAACUGUCCUUACCACUGAAUCAUCAACAGUGGAGACAACUGUCUUCACCACUGAACCAUCAACAGUCAAGAUAAUUCUCCUUACCACUGAACCAUCAACAGCGGAGACACCUGUCCUAACUACUGAACCAUCAACAGUGGAGACAAUUCUCCUUACCACUGACCCAUCAACAGUGGAGACUACUGCUCUUACUACUGAACAAUCAACAGUGGAGACUAAUGCUCUUACCAGUGAACCAAUAACAGUGGAGACAAUUCUCCUUACCACUGAACCGUCAGCAGUUGUUUCAAGAGUCCUCACCACUGAACCAACAACAAUGGAGACUACUGAUAAUACCACUGAAGCAUCAACAGUGGAGACUAAUAAUCUAACAACAGAACAAUCAACAGUAGAGACAACUGUUCCAACCAAUGAACCAUCAACAGUCAAGACAACUUUCCUUACCACUCUACCAUCAACAGUUGACACAACUGUUUUUACCACUAAACCAUCAGCAGGCGAGACCAGUGAACCAUCGACAGUGGAGACAAUUAUCAUUACCUCUGAACAAUCAACAGUAGAGACAACUUUCCUUACCACUGAACCAUUAACAGUCAAGGCAAUCGUCCUCACCACUAAACCAACAACAAUGAACACUACUGAUCUUACCACUGAAACAUCAACAGUGGAGACUGAUAAUCUUACUACUGAGCCAUCAACAGUAGAGACAACUGUUCUAACCACUGAACCAUCAACAGUCAAGACAACUGUCCUUACCGCUGAACCAUCAACAGUGGUGCCUUUUACUCUUACCACUGAACCAAUAACAGACCCUAUAACUACUCUAAACACUGAACAAUCAAUAGUUGAGACUAGUAUUCUUAUCACUAAACACACAACAGUGGUAACUCCAGUUCUUACUGGUCUUUCGACUAAAUCAUCAACAGUAGAGACGUCUGUACUUACCCCUGAACCAGCGACAGAGGAGACAAUUGCCCUUACUACUGAACAAUCAACAGUGGAGUCUACUGUCCUAACUACUGAACCAUCAACAGUGGAGACAAUUCUCCUUACCACUGACCCAUCAACAGUGGAGACUACUGCUCUUACCACUGAACAAUCAACAGUGGAGACUAAUGUUCUUACCAGUGAACCAAUAACAGUGGAGACAAUUCUCCUUACCACUGAACCGUCAGCAGUUGUUUCAAGAGUCCUCACCACUGAACCAACAACAAUGGAGACUACUGAUAAUACCACUGAAGCAUCAACAGUGGAGACAAAUAUUCUUACCACUGAACCAAUAACAGUGGAGACAACUUUCCUUUCCACUGACCCAUCUACAGUGGAGACCACUGCUUUUUCCACUAAACCAUUAACAAUUGAGCCAACUGUCCUUACCACUGAACCAUCAAAAGUGGAGAUUACUGCUUUCACCAAUGAACCAUCAACAGCAGAGGCAGUUGUUCUUACCGCUGAAGCAUCAGUAGUGGAGAUUACUGCUCUUACCACUGAACCAACAACAGUCGAGUCAACUGUUCUAACAACUGGACAAUCAACUGUCGAGUCAACUGUCCUUACCACUGAACCAUCAACACUGGAAAGUAACUUUCUUACCCCUGAACCAUCACCAGUGGAGACUUCUGCUCAUUCCACUGAACCAUCACCAGUGGAGACAAAUGUCCGUACAACUGAACAAUCAACUGUCGAGUCAACUAUCCUUACCACUAACUCAUCAACAGGCGAGACAACUGCUCUUACCACUGGACCAUCAACAGUGGAGACUACAGUCCUUUCCACUGAAAGAACAAAAGGGGAGAAUGCUGUUCUUUCCACUGAAUCAUCAACAGUGGUGAUUACCGUCCUUACCACUGAGCCAUCAACAGUUGAGACAACUGUCCUUACCACUGAACUAUCAGUAGUUGAGACAACUACCCUUACCACUGAACCAUUCACAGUUGAUACAACUGUCCUUACCACUGAUUUAUCAACAGUGGGGACUACUGCCCUUACCACUGGACCAUCCAUAGUCGAGACAACUGCCUUAACUACUGAACAAUCAACAGUGAAGACUGCUGCUCUUACCACUGAACAAUCGACAGUGGAUACUAAUGUUCUUACCACUGAGCAUAUAACAGCGGAGACAACUGUCCUUUCCACUGACCCAUCUACAGAGAAGACUACUGCUCUUCCCACUAAACCAUCAACGUUUGAGACUACUCCUCUUUCCACUCAACCAUCAACAGUCGAGACAAUUGCUCUUACCACUGAACCUUCAACAGUGGAAACUACUCUCCUUACCAAUGAACCAUCAACAGUUAAACCUACUGUCCUUACCACUAUCCCUUCCACGGUCGGGACAACUGUCAUUACCACUGAAUCAUCAACAAUCGAGAGAACUGCUCUUACCACUGCACCAUCAAUAGUCGAGACUACUGCUCUUGCCAUUGAACUGUCUACAGUCGAUACUAUUGAUCUAACCACUGAACCAUCAACAGUUAAAAGUACUGUUCUUACCACCGACGCAUCAACAAUAGAGAUUGCUUCUCUUACCACUGAAUCAAUAACAGUGGAGACUGCUACCCUUAUCGCUGAACCAAUAACAGUGGAAACAACUGUCUCUACAACUGAACCAUCAACAGUCGAGACUACUAUCCUUACCAGUAAAUCACCGCCUCAUGCUCUUACCACUGAACCAUCAAUAUUGAAAAAUACUGUCCUUCCCACAGUCGAGAUAACUUCUGAACCAUCAACAGUCGAGACUAUUGCUCCUACCACUGAACCACUAACAGUGGAGACUAUUGCUCUCACUCCUGAACCAUCAACAGUGGAGACAGUUGACCUUUCCAUUGACUCAUCUACAGCGGAAACUACUGCUCUUCCCAGUGAACCAUCAACAGUGGAUAGUAGUAUCUUUACCACUCAUCCAUCAACAGUCGAGUCAAUUGCUCUUACCACUGAACCUUCAACAGUGGACACUACUCUCCUUGCCACUGAACCAUCCAUAGUCGAGACAACUGCAAUUCCUCCUAACCUGUCCACAGUCGGGACAACUCUCAUUACCGCUGAAUCAUUACCAGUCGAGACAAAUGCCCUUACCAUUGGACUAUCUACAGUCGAGAACACUGAUCUAAUCAUGGAACCAUCAACAGUUGUAACUACUGCUCUAACCACUGAACCAUCUUCCGUGGAAACUAUUGUCCUUACCUCUGAACCAUCAACAGACGUGACUACUUCUCUUACAACUGGACCAAUAACAGUGGAGACUGCUGCUCUUACCACUGGACUAAUAACAGUGGAGACAACUGUUGUUGCAACUGAACUAUCAACAGGCGUGACUUCUUCUCUUACAACUGAACCAAUAACACUGGAUAUCCCUCCUCUUACCACCGAACCAUCAACAGUGAGGACUCAUGUCCUUACCACUGAACCAUCAACCGUCAAGACAACUGUUCUAACCACUGAACCAUUAAGAGUCGAGACAACUGUCCUGACCUUUGAAUUAUCUACAGCAGAGAACACUGAUCUAAUCAUGGAACCAUCAACAGUUGAAACUACUGCUCUUACCACUGAACCAUCUACAGCCGAACCUACUGUUCUUACCAGUAAACCAUCAACAGACGUGACUACUUCUCUUACAACUGAACCAAUAACAGUGGAGACUGCUGCUCUAACCACUGAACCAAUAACAGUGGAAACAACUGUUGUUGCAACUGAACCAUCAACAGACGUGACUACUUCUCUUACAACUGAAUCAAUAACAGUGGAUCCUCCUCCUCCUCUUAACACCGAACCAUCAACAAUGGGCCGUUUCCUUACCACUGAACCAUCAACCGUCGAGACAACUGUUGUAACCACUGAACCAUUAAGAGUCGAGACAACUGUCCUUACCUUUGAAUUAACUACAGUCGAGAACACUGAUCUAAUCAUGGAACCAUCAACAGUUGAAACUAAUGCUCUAACCACUGGACCAUCUACAGUGGAACCUACCGUUCUUACCAAUGAACCAUCAACAGACGUGACUACUUUUCUUACUACUGAACCAAUAACAGUGGAGACUGCUGCUCUUACCACUGAACCAAUAACAGCGGAAACAACUUUUGUUGCAACUGAACCAUCAACAGUGGAUACUCCUACUCUUACCACCAAACCAUCAACAGUGGGGACCAUUGUCCUUACCACUGAACCAUCAACAGUCGAGACAACUGUUCUAACCACUGAACCAUCGACACUCGAAACAACUGCCCUUACCACCGAACAAUUAACAUUGGAGACUAGUGUCCUUAUCACUGAACCAUCAACAGUGGAUACUCCUACUCUUACCACCAAACCAUCAACAGUGGGGACUCUUGUCCUUACCACUGAACCAUCAACAGUCGAGACAACUGUUCUAACCACUGAACCAUCGACACUCGAAACAACUGCCCUUACCACCAAACAAUUAGCAUUGGAGACUAGUGCCCUUACCACUGAACCAUCAACAGUGGAGACAAUUGUUCGUAGUACUAAACCGGUAACAGUAGAGAUUACUGUUCCCACUGCUGAACGAUCAACAGUUGAGACUGCUUUUACCACUGAUCCUUCAACAGAUGAGACAACUGUCGUCCCUACUGACCCAAUAACAGUGGAGACAACUAUACUUACCACUGACAGAGUUGAGACAGCUGCUUCGAAUACUGUUAAAUCAAUACUUGAGAAUGAAAAUCUUUCAACAUCUGGCUGGCUCAGUACAGAUGCUACUGGACAUUCCUUUGCUUCCACAGCUUUCAAAAAUCGUACAUCUUUCAAUUCUACUGCAUUAUCUACGGAUGUAACUACUGAGACAACAGCAGCCCAAACAUCUAUCACUAACACUGAAUCAGCAACAUUUCAGUCAAGUACCACUGAUACUACAACAAUACUAUCCAAUAGUAAUAUCACUGAUGCCACAACAGUGCAGUCAAAUAGCAAUACAGCUGAUUCCACAACAGUGCAGUCAAGCAGCAAUACAACUAGUGCUACAACAAUGCAGUCAAGUAGUUAUACCACUGAUGCCACAACAGUGCAGUCAAGUAGUUAUACUACUGAUGUUACAACAGUCCAGUCGAGCAGCAAUACCACUGAGGCCACAACAGUGCAGUCAAAUAACAAUACAACUGAUGCCACAACAGUUCAGUCAAAUAGUAACACCGCUGAUUCCACAACAGCACAGUCAAAUACCAAUACCACUGAUGUUACAACAGUACAGUCAAAUAGCAAUACUACUGAUGCCACAACAGCACAGUCAAAUAGGAAUACCACUGAUGACACAACAAUGCAGUCAAAUAACAAUACAACUGAUGCCACAACAGUUCAGUCAAAUAACAAUACAACUGAUGCCACAACAGUUCAGUCAAAUAGCAAUACAACUGAUGCCACAACAAUGCAGUCAAAUAACAAUACAACUGAUGCCACAACAGUUCAGUCAAAUAGUAACACCGCUGAUUCCACAACAGCACAGUCAAGUACCGAUACCACUGAUGUUACAACAAUACAGUCAAAUAGCAAUACUACUGAUGCCACAACAGCACAGUCAAAUAGCAAUACCACUGAUGCUACAGCGGCACAAUCAAAUACCAAUACUACUGAUGCUUCAACAGCACAAUCAAAUACCAAUACUACUGAUGCAACAACAGCACAAUCAAAUAGCAAUACUACUGAUGCAACAACAGUACAGUCAAAUAGCAAUACUACUGAUGCAACAACAGCACAGUCAAAUAGCAAUACGACUGAUGCAACAACAGUACAGUCAAAUAGCAAUACUACUGAUGCAACAACAGCACAGUCAAAUAGCAAUACGACUGAUGCAACAACAGUACAGUCGAAUAGCAAUUCCACUGAUGCUACAACAGCACAGUCAAAUACCAAUACUACUGAUGCAACAACAGCACUGUCAAGUAGCAAUACUACUGAUGCAACAACAGUGCAGUCAAAUAGCAAUAUUACUGAUGCUACAACUGCACAGUCAAAUACCAAUGCUACUGAUGCAACAACAACACAGUCAAAUAGCAAUACAACUGAUGCCACAACAGCAAAGUCAAAUAGCAAUACUACUGAUGCCACAACAGCACAAUCAAAUAGCAAUACCACUGAUGUUACAACAGCACAUUCAAAUAGCAAUACCACUGAUGCUACAACAGCACAGUCAAAUAGCAAUACUACUGAUGUUACAACAGCACAGGCAAAUAGCAAUAGUACUGGUGCAACAACUGCACAGUCAAAUAGCAACACUACUGAUGUUACAACUGCACAGUCAAAUAGCAAUACUACUGAUGCCACAACAGCACAGUCAAAUAGCAAUACUACUGAUGUUACAACAGCACAGUCAAAUAGCAAUAUGACUGAUGCAACAACAGCACAGUCAAAUAGCAAUACUACUGAUGCCACAACAGCACAAUCAAAUAGCAAUACCACUGAUGUUACAACAGCACAGUCAAAUAACAAUAUGACUGAUGUUAUAACUACUGCUAUUCUGUUUGAAAGCACAACCACUGAACCAGUCAAAGAGGAUUACUGCAUCGGCCAUGCAUGUUUGAACAAUGCAACAUGCAUUAGUGAUGUCAGCUCAUCCAGCAACUACACAUGUGUGUGUAUGUCUGGAUACACAGAUCCAAUGUGCUCAACAGAAAUUGAUGAGUGUGCCACUAUGCAGCCAUGUGCUAACAACGCAACAUGUACAGAUAUGGUAAACGACUACUUCUGUAACUGCACAGCCCUCCCACAAUUCUAUGGGAAAAACUGCUCCCUAGAAAUAAUUGGCGCUGAUGAGUGUGCCCCCCAGCCCUGCCAGAAUGGGGCCAGUUGUACAGAUGGUAAUUUUGCUUACACCUGUGACUGUUUACCAGGAUUCACUGGCAUUAACUGUGAAACAAAUGUUGAUGAAUGCGCAUCCAAUCCAUGCGUGCGUGGUAACUGCUCAGAUGGAGUGAAUAUGUUCUCAUGUAUGUGCCCAUCUGGAUAUACUGGACCAACCUGUGACAUCAACAUUGAUGACUGUGCUAGCAACCCCUGUAUGAAUGGGGCCACAUGUAUGGACAUGGUAGAUGCCUUUAUGUGCAUGUGUGCACCAGGCUACACUGGAAUGAACUGCUCAACAAAUAUUGAUGAGUGUGCAAGUGUAACCUGCCAGAAUGGAGGUAACUGCACAGAUGGCAUUAACAUGUUCACAUGUAACUGCCCUACACAUGUCUCUGGAACAACUUGUGAAAUAUUGGAACCUUUCUACACUGUAUGGGGAGCUUAUUCUAACUGUAGUCUCGAGUGUGGAACAGGGUCAGUACGAACCCGAUCACGCAACUGUACCAACAUUCAGGGAACUAUACUCGAUUCUGGAAAUUGUAAGGGAGUAGGACUUGGUGAACCAACAAGCACCCAGGCAUGUAGUGUCCCAGAAUGCAUCUCUGCUUAUAAUCCUUGCACGGAUCCAACCUCCGCCUACCCCUGUGGAAUGCAUAACUGCAGUGUCAUUGACAAUUCUGGCAACUACCAGUGCAUCUGCCAACCUGGCUACACCAAUGAAGCUAAUGCCAAAGUCUGUGUUGAUGAAAAUGAAUGUAGUUGGGGUUUGAAUGAUUGCUUGAUGCCCGGAGGCAAUGGCUUCAUGACAGGAGUCAGCGGUUGUGUCAAUUCUGCGGGAAGCUAUGAGUGUACAUGUGCUCCAGGCUACACGUCAAACGGACAAAGGAGCUGUGUAGAUGUUGAUGAGUGUUCAUUACCAUCAAUGAAUGACUGUGAUACAUCUGGAAGAGCUACAUGUAUGAAUAUGCCUGGAUCAUACUCUUGUGCAUGUAGUGCAGGCUUCACUGGAGCGGGAACAACUGGAACAUGUAUAGAGGAUCGUCUAAAGGACUUCAGUGGUCAUAGUAGACUGUCUUACACAGAUGCCAGCACCCCCCUCAUCUCUGACCUGUUCUGCCCCAUGUAUGGUUUCGCUGUUGGUAAUGCAAUCUACCCCUGUCUUUAUUUCACACAACAUGGUGUCAUUGCUUUCACUACAAGCACAGCAUCAUCUGACCCACGUCGUGAGUUCAGAAGUGCUUCCAGUGUCCCAUUGAGCAGUUACCUGUUCCCAACAGGGUACAGUGAGGAAGCCCUUGUAGCCCCUUACUGGACUAAAACCAUCCUUCUUGAUGCUAAUAAUGGCAGAGGUGUCUACCACCAUGUUAUGAACAGUACUGAGUUGACUAUGAUGGCAACCAUGAACAGCAAUGCCUUGGCUAGUACAUCACUAAGUGGUUUCAUGCCCAAUUUUGGACUUGUUAUCACAUGGAACAAACUUCAAUACAGUUCCCAGGAGCCUAACCAGACUGUUACUUUCCAAACUUCAAUUACCACAGAUGGCAUAAACACAAUUUCCAAAACAGUAUACGCUGACCGUGGAAUGAACUGGAACCUUGUUCUCAACAAGGCAACUACACCCAACGCUCUUAUCCGAGUUGGAUACACAAGGGUGGAUGCUCAGGGUAACCAUUUUGGUAAUGAAUGGGAGUUCUCAUAUGCCGGAGUAGAGAAUAAGACCAUGAUUGAACAAAUUGAUGCCCAAGAUCUGAGUGGAGUUAGUAGUAUGUCCACGCAAGGAAAUGGCCAAAGUGUAUCUUUUCUGUCAAUGAAUGAUCCAACCACAUUCAUAAACCCUGCACUUUCCUGCAAUCAAUGGUUGAUGGAUGACGGCAUGUUCUUUGGACAAUCCUUUGCCGCAGUGUGCCCAGAUGCUUAUUCUCAAAUCACAUCCUCCUGGAGGCUAUUCAAGACAGGUAUGAUGGGUAGCCGUGAAGUUGAAUGCUAUCGUCAACAAUUCCCUAUGGAGAUGGACAACAAUCAGGUUAUUACACCAAGCUGUUGUUACUAUAGCAACAACACUGUAACCAAUGGUGAUUUAUCAAUGGUGAGAGUUUCCAGUGUCAAUAAAAUGAACCUCCUACAAAGGUAUGCAAAUGGUACAAUGGAGGCCAUGGCAGAUAUGACGGCAUAUGAACAGUGCUGCAUGCAGUCUGAUCUACAUUGCUUGGCUUUUCUGGAACAUCGACCUAUGUCCAACUCUGACAACUUCGAGGCACCUGGAGUUGCUGGUACCUCUGGUGACCCUCACGUAACUACACUAGAUGGCGCCACGUAUACAUUCAAUGGAUUUGGUGAAUACACAUUACUGAAGUCUGCUACUGACUAUUUCACACUCCAAGCCAGAACUAUGCAUGCCGUGACAACGCGAAAUAUCUCUUUGGCAACAGUGUUUAGCUCAAUAGUUGGCCAACAGAUUAACCCAGGAUCAACCAACAGUGACACUGUGGAGCUAAGGAUGAAUGCCAAUGGAGAUGGGAUAGAUGUAUACGUCAAUCAGGUUCUAGAUUCCUCAUCUGAUUACACUGGAGAUGGCACCACCUUCCACAAGGUUGUUGUUAAGGACACACCUGGGGUCACUGGCUCUAUGUCGAUGAUCUUCAACACUAAUGUGGAGGUCCGUGUAGCUGCUGCUCUUAACAUGACAACUGUAACAGUCGCAGCUCCUGCAUCAUGGAAGGGAAAUUUUGCAGGUUUGAUGGGCAACUUCAAUGAUGACAUGAAUGAUGACAUCGCCUACCCCAAUAGUACAUCAAUCUCAGUCAACUCCACUGAGGAGGAUAUCUUCUAUGUUGCCAAGGAAUGGGCUAUUGAUCCAGCAGACUCUCUCUUCCAAUAUGAGAAUAAUGAUACUGCAGAGACCUAUGGAAAUGCUUCAUAUGUGCCACUGUUUUACAACAUCGACACCAUGUUCACUGAUAAUGCUACAAAGAAUGCUGCAAUUGCUACUUGUGGUGGAAUGGAAAACCUAAACCGUGAAUGUAUGUUUGAUAUUGCUCUGACUGGUAACCAGGAUGUAGGUUCAGCUACUGCAGCGGCUGGAGCAGCUCUUACAUCUGAGAAGGCAACUCUUGGUAACUUCCCACCAGUGAUCCAGGAUGCUAACACCACUGUACUAAAUGUUGUUGGUGGAGCAGACCUCGACCCAACCCUGACUAUUGUUGCAGUGGACCCUAAUGCUGGUGACACUGUCACAUACUCGCUUGGAGCUGGAGCACCAAUGGGUGUGAGCAUAAACUCUGCCUCUGGGGUCCUCACCUGGACAUCUGUACCCUCCAACUUGACCACAAAUGAUUCAGUGACAAUCAUUGCUACUGAUGGCACGGCAACAUCCUCCGUCACACCACCUAUCAACCUCUGUCUUUGCCAGAAUGGUGGCACAUGUGUGUAUGCAACUGGCACUACUGGACUCACUAUGGCUACAUGUACAUGCCCAAGUGGGUUGGAAGGAGACUACUGUGAAACAGAUAUCGAUGGUUGUUCAGAUAACCCAUGUUUCACAAAUGUUGCAUGUUUGGAUGUUGCUGCCCCAGGCACUGGAUUUACAUGUGGACCUUGUCCAAUCGGAUUGGUUGGGGAUGGAUCAAUCUGUACUGAUGAGAAUGAGUGUUUGGCAGCAGUAUCCCCAUGUUCUCAGACAUGUGUCAACUUGGCUGGCAGCUUCCAGUGUCAAUGUGACGACGGUUACAUCCUCAGUCCUGAUCUCACUACAUGUCUUGAUAAUGACGAGUGUCGCCAGGGAACAGAUAAUUGUUCCCCAAAUGCCGCUUGUGCCAACACAGUGGGCUCAUUUACAUGCACAUGCAACCCAGGAUACUCUGGAACUGGAGAUGUAUGCGCUGAUGUUGAUGAGUGUCUGGUGAGCAAUGUAUGUGGAAACAACGCCAUAUGCACAAACAGUAUAGGGAGCUAUAUGUGCACAUGCCAGCUUGGUUACUCCAUGGAUCCAAUCAGUGGUCUCUGUGUUGAGAUUGAUGAAUGUCAAGGUGAUCAUGCUUGCUCUCAAGUCUGUGUUGAUGGCGUCGCUAUUUACACAUGUGCUUGUAAUACUGGAUUCACUCUUGACCCAACUGAUGCUAUUACAUGUAUUCCUGAUAACGUUUGUGAUAGCUCUCAGAAUGCCACAUGUUUGGACACUGGGGACAUUGCAUCCAGCUGUGCUGUUGUAAAUGGAGAGGUGACGUGCAUCUGCCCCCCAAAGUAUGUCCUGAAUGGAAACAACCAGUGUGUGGACAUUAAUGAGUGUUCAACAGCCAGUGGAAACCAAUGUAACCUAGUUACCAGUACCUGUAACAACACAAUAGGCAACUACCAGUGUGACUGCAAGCCUGGCUUCCAACUGGGUAUAGAUGGCAGGAGCUGUAUUGAUAUUGAUGAGUGUGCUACCAAUACUGAUAACUGUGACAACAGUAAUGGAGUAUGUACAAACCUUGAGGGAAGCUUCAGUUGUGGAUGUACGAGUGGAUAUACUCUCAAUGCUAAUGGCACCACAUGUGAUGAUGUUGAUGAGUGUGCUAGCCCUAUCACCAAUGACUGUGACGCCAACUAUGGUAAUUGUACCAACAGUCCAGGCACAUAUCAAUGUACUUGUAAUACAGGAUUCACUGGCAAUGGAAUCGUUUGUGCAGAUGAGAAUGAGUGUUCUCUACCCAACCAAGGAGGUUGUGUCCAGGGUUGUGCCAAUAGUAUUGGCAGCUUCACCUGUUUCUGUGGCAACGGUUACACCCUGAACGCUGAUGGUAUGACUUGUGACGAUAGUAACGAGUGUCUCAGAGAAGCUGAUCAUGGUUGCUAUAGCAAUGCCUAUUGUACCAAUUCUAUUGGUUCAUACACUUGCUCAUGUCCUGCUGGAUUCACCUUGGACACUGACUUUAGGACAUGCAUAGCUAUCAACCAAUGUGCAUCCAACAAUGGCUGUUCCCACACUUGUGCCUACCUUAAUAACACAGACACUUGCCAGUGCCCCAAGGGACUUGAACUGGACAACACAGGCCUCAAUUGCACAGAUAUUGAUGAGUGUGCAAGUAACGCAACCAAUCCCUGUUCUGCAAGCGACAAUGUCAUGUGCGUCAAUACGUAUGGAUCCGUCAGCUGUGCCUGCAGCAACUCCACCUAUUAUCGACAAGUGGAAGCAAGGAAAUGUAUUGAUAUUGAUGAGUGUGGUGAAGGAACUGCUUCAUGCCCCUCUAACUCACUAUGUGUCAAUGAGAUGAAUGGAUAUAGCUGCAACUGUGUCGCUGGAUACACCAUGACCAACGGUGUCUGUGUCGAUGAUGAUGAGUGUACAGCAAAUACAGACAACUGCCAUCCUACACUGGCUGAAUGCACCAACACAGCUGGAGGUUACACCUGCGCUUGCAUGACUGGCUACAUGGGAGAUGGUGUGACAUGUAUGGAUAUCAAUGAAUGUAUUACCAACGAUGGCGGUUGUGAUGUCGCUAGAGGACGAGGAACAUGUGUCAAUUUUGAUGGUGGCCACAACUGUACUUGUAUUUCGGGAUAUGUAAUUGAUAAUGUGGGACGUCUCUGUGAAGACAUCAACGAAUGUAACCCAGCAAACCCAAUGAAUGACUGCGUUCAGGAUUGUGUCAACAUAAAUGGCGGUUACAGCUGUUCAUGCCAAGUUGGUUUCCGAUUGGCUGCCGACCAGAAGAACUGCACCGUUGAAGCAGAAUGUCCUGCCAACAACACAUGUAGCGACCUCUGUGCAAUGGUGGCUGGCGUGGAGACCUGUCUUUGCCAGAACUCCUUCUACAAGUUGGACACUGACAACAAGACGUGUAUUGAUGUGAAUGAAUGCACCACAAAUAACCCCUGCACUGGAAACAACACCCAAUGUAACAACACCGUUGGAGGAUACAUCUGCGGAUGUGUGAAUCAAUACUAUUUGGCUUCUGAUGGUCUCAGAUGUGAAGAUCGUAAUGGCAACUGGGGGCCAUGGGGAGGAUGGGGCAACUGCACAGCAACUUGUGGAGGAGGAUCAUACAACCGUACACGUCAAUGUAACAGCCCUAGCCAGGAAGGUUCAGGUUUACCAUGCCCAGGAGCUGACACUGAAACUGCCAUGUGUAAUACAGAGUAUUGCCCUAAAUCAGAAGUUGAAUCAAGCUAUGGUGUGAUUCUCACUAUAAAUGGUCUGACACCAACUCAGAUUACGGCCAUCCAGUCUGAUAUCAUCACUGCUAUCGUAGGUGGAAUCAACAAUUGGUGCAGUACCUCGGCAAACUUUGGUCAAUGUUGCCCCAACUCUGGCACAAGGAACUCUUCAAGUGUACUAGCUUUCACCUCUUCUAACUUUGUACAGGUUGGAGAAGGUUAUCCUCGAUACAACUCCAUGAAUAAGUCACAAGUUCUCAUUGUUGCUAAGUCCGAUCUGAACAAUGCUCUGUGCGCUGAUGGAAGUAUAUCUACGAGGAAGAGAAGAGCUGUGACUCUGAACAAUGCUACAGAGUUUGCCCUCCCUGCCACUGUUCUUGAGACGAUUGUGACAGACAGCACUGUACAAAACAGCAUUGUAUCAACAAUCGCCAUCACAUAUCCCUCCGCCAAUAUUACCAUAAUAACCAUAGUGGCUAGUGCUGAUCCUGAUGACAUCACAACAACAGUUGCCACGACAACUGUAGGUGCUGCUUGUCUUGCUACUGGGACAUGUGCUGCAGCUGCAUUGGAAGGAUGGGUCAUAGCUGUCGCAGUGGUUGGAGCACUGCUUGGAGUCAUUCUCAUUGUUGUCAUAGUGAUUGUUGUUGUCAAGAAACGCCCGACAAAGGUUAACCAGGACUCAAGAGAGAAUGUGAGAGAUGCAGAAGCAAAUAGAUCAUCCUAAUUCAUCCUCAAGGUUCAAUCCAAGGAUGGACUCUACAGAUCAAAAGCAACUGUGGAUGUCCUUGAAAACUUACCUUAACUUUCAAGUUGCCAAUUGUUAAACUGCAAAAUGCAAUAAUCAUUAAGUGUUUUAAGUUCUCUGUUAAAAAAAUUUCAGAAAAAAUUGUUAUCAGGUGUUAAGGUAUAUAUUUUGGUGUUAAGCCAAAGAUUGCAGUUUUUCAAGAUUUAUGUACUCAUAACAGCAUUAUAGUUAUAUUAUUAUAUAGGAAAUAGAGUUCCAGAUUUAUGUGUCAAAUGUUAUGUCGAUUUCACUUAUGAGUGCAAUUAGGACUUUAUUUCCUUGUGAGGACUGUAAUUACUGUUCUAAUCCGUCCAGAAUGAAUAUUGUAUACUGUAGUUGAUCAAGUUAAUGAAGGCCUCUUUCAUAUUGCCACAUAUUAGUUAGAAAAUACAAAUUGGAGGAAACUUGAAAUGAGGAAUGAAUAUUCGAGAUAAAGUUAAUCAGUGGAAUAAAGAAACUGAUAACUGCAUCUACAAAGAAAACUGUGAUAUCAAAAACUGUAUAUUAAUGUUUUUACACAUGAGCACAAUCAUAUUUUGCAUAAUAUGAUGAAAUAUCUAUUCAUAAUGCAAUGUAUUAAAUCUAUUUUUGAAUGUUAGGAUAUUUUUGUACAAGGAAAAAACAUAGAAAAAUGUUGAAACAUGGAACACUUUUUAAAUUUCUUUAUAUACAUAACUAAUACAUAUACAUAAUACAUUCCAUUGAUUUUUCUUGCAUAAUUUAUUAAGGCAUAAUAAUUCUUG